AUUCAUGUUGUGCCAAGGGAAAUAAUUCAGUCUGUUUAGCAAUCGGCGGUCCUGAUGGCGAUGUAUUGUUGAUGUUAGACAUACGACAUAAAAUUUACUGAAAUUUCAUAUCUACUCUUGCUGUAUAAGUCUUUUUGAAGAGUUGACACCAUGACUCAUGAAGUUAAUUAUGAAGACCUUCCAAUUGACAUACAUUAUAACAAACUUACAGACUGGUUGAUAAACCGAAGACAUUGUCAGCAGAACUGGCCAGCAUCAGCUUUGGUAAUUCGAGACAAGAUUAACCAAGCACUUAAGACUUUGCCAGAUGUUAAGGAAGUUGUUGACAUUAUGAAAAAUUCAAAAAUCACUUACUUCCAUGUGAAGGAAAUAAUGUCAUUAUUGUCAGAAGACACAGAGUCAGGAAAGAAGAACAUCCUAGGACAAUAUUCAAAUGAAUUAACUAAGGCAUGGUCAGAAAUUUUAAAUUUAUAUGAAAAGAAUAACUUAUAUUUAGCUGAAUCAGGCCAAAUCAUGUCCAGAAAUGUAAAUUAUGAAAUUCCAUGUUUGAAACGUCAAAUUGCCAGAUGUCAGCAGAUUGAAAAGGAUUGUUUUAAAAAGGAAUCAGACAACACUGUCAAAGCUGCAGAUUAUAAACACAGAUACCAGAGUAGUUGCAAAAAGUAUGGUAUCAAAGGUGAUAAAAUCAAGGUGGAGUUGUUUGAAUUGGCGAAGGAAUUACCGCAGUUAUUAUGUGAGUUAACAAAUGCUGUCAAAUCACUCGACCCAGUUGCUGACUACUAUAGGAAUUUUAUUGAUUUCAUUGUUGAAAGAAAUGACUUUUCUGGAGAUUCUCUAUCUAUGGUGAAGUUUAUCAUCAACAAAGGCAACUGCAGUGUGUAUGAAUGGAGAACAGGUCAACCACCCAUUACUAUAAUAGAUGAGCAUCAGCUAACCAAUGAGGAACAAAACGACAAACGUGCCCAAGAUGAUAGUAUUGAUUGGGGAAAUAUUGAAGAAAGCAAUGAAGUUAAUUUUGAAGAUAUUGAUUUUGAUAUGUCCCAGAUAACUGUAGAAUCUUCUGAAAAUAAUGAGAAAAAUGGUGAAAUAGAUUGGGGAGAUGACACAGAAACCACUGAUAAGACAUCUAAAAAACAUGCUAAAAUUACAGAAAAUGGAGUAGCCCGAGGUAAUGAUGCCCUCACAGUUCUUGAGGCCCAGGAUACAAGAAAUUUGUUGAUGGAAGACUUGAUGGAGCUGCAAUUUUUUCUCAACCAACGCUUAAAUGAACUCCAAGAGCCUGUGAAUACCCUGAGUAUGAGUCAGUUUGAAAAUGCAUCACAGGAUAUCCUUCUGUCACCUCAAGAAAUCUCUUCAAUGAUAAAUCUAGUAAAAACAGCCUGGAACCUCUUUGCUUUAGAACACACAAAGCAUUUAUUGCAAAUUAAACGAUCUCCAAAGUAUGUUGAAAGAUUGGAAGAGAGUUUACGACAAAACCUGAUUCUAGCAGAUAAGAUGGUCUUUCAAGAAAAGGAAAUGGCAAGGAGAAGACAAGAAGCCCAAAGAGAAGAAGGAGAGCUACAACCAAAACUUGAUGCCUUACGGAGUGAAACAAAAGAGCUUAAAAAACAGAUUGAAGGUGAAGUGUCCAAGAAAUACAAAAACAGAGUUGUCAACAUUAUAGGAGAAAUUAAUGUUAUUUGAGAAUAACCAAAGCUGUUGUUAUGAUCAUUGUUUUUCUGAGAAAGGAUAUUCUCUUAAAUGACCAAUUAAAUAUUAUAUUAACAACUUAGAA